AUGACUUUUAUGCAACAGCUUCAAGAGGCUGGGGAAAGAUUUAGGUGUAUCAAUGGUCUUUUAUGGGUUGUUUUUGGGCUUGGUGUCUUAAAAUGUACAACGUUAUCACUUAGAUUUUUAGCUCUUAUUUUUGAUCUUUUUUUACUACCAGCAGUCAAUUUCGACAAGUAUGGUGCUAAAACUGGUAAAUACUGUGCUAUCACUGGUGCAAGUGACGGUAUUGGUAAAGAAUUUGCUAGACAAAUGGCGAAACGUGGCUUCAACUUGGUAUUGAUCUCGAGAACGCAAUCUAAAUUGGAGGCUUUACAAAAAGAACUAGAAGAUCAACAUCAUGUCGUUGUAAAGAUUCUAGCCAUUGACAUUGCGGAGGAUAAAGAAUCCAACUAUGAAUCCAUUAAGGAAUUGUGUGCGCAGUUACCAAUCACCGUUUUGGUCAAUAAUGUUGGUCAAUCACACUCCAUUCCUGUUCCAUUUUUGGAAACAGAAGAGAAGGAGCUUAGAAAUAUUAUCACUAUCAAUAACACUGCUACAUUAUUAAUUACACAAAUCAUUGCACCAAAGAUUGUGGAAACUGUGAAAGCUGAAAACAAGAAGUCGGGUACUCGUGGUUUGAUCUUAACCAUGGGCUCAUUUGGUGGUCUGAUUCCCACCCCACUUUUGGCUACAUACAGUGGUUCGAAAUCAUUCUUACAAGGUUGGUCUAACUCUUUGGCUGGGGAAUUAUCUAAAGAUGCUAUCGAUGUUGAAUUAAUCAUUUCAUAUUUGGUCACUAGCUCGAUGUCUAAAAUCAGAAGAUCAUCUUUAAUGAUCCCAAAUCCACAACAGUUUGUAAAAUCCACUUUAAGAAGCGUUGGCAGACGCUGCGGCUCUCAAGAAAGAUACGCUACUAUGACCCCUUACUGGGCGCACGCAGUGUAUCAAUUUGUAAUUACAGAGACCUUUGGCGUUUACUCUAAGAUUGUUAACUCCAUUAAUUAUUCCUUCCAUAAAUCUAUCAGAAUUAGAGCCUUAAAAAAAGCCGCAAGACAGGUUAAAAAGGAAUAG